AUGCCAGUAGAAGUAGCCGCUCCGAGGGCAGCGCCUAGCAGUUCACUGCCAUACUACCGAGUUCCACCCACCAUCGGAGGCAAAGCGGGGGAAGAUGCCGACGAGUGGCUCGUCCACUACAAACGAGUGAGCAAGUCCAACGGGUGGUAUGCAACCGCUCAGCUCACCAAUGUGGUAUUCCCUCUGACCGAUACCACUCUCGUGUGGUACGAGAACCACGAGGACGCGCUUACGACGUGGGAACAUUUGGUUGACGAGUUAAAGGCAGUCGCCAAAAAGAAGCGUGCGGAGCAGACACUGUCACAACGGGCGCAGCUACCAGGGUCGCAGCGUUACCUGGAAGAAUCGGAGCUUUACCCAAAUUCCAUCAUCGGGUUUCGUAAGAAGCUCGGGACGCAAGACGCCAUGAUCUUACUGAAGAACGAGAUCAUCGACGAUACGACGGGCACCAAUGACAACAGAGCCAUACUCGGGCUGGACUUGCAGAGCGCCUUCGAUAAAGUGAGGCACUCGGCUAUCUUGGCCCAAGUAUCCAGGCUAAACAUGGGCAGAAGGACUUACCAGUACAUCAAAGACUUCUUGACGGAACGGACCACCGAAAUCUGCGCGGGAGACCUGAAGCUCGAAGAGAAGAAGCUGGGCAGCGUGGGAACUCCGCAGGGCUCGGUGAUCUCCCCGCUACUCUUCAACCUCGUGAUGAUCGGGGUGGCCAACCGGCUAAAAAGAGUAGCGGGAGUCCGGCACACCAUCUACGCCGACGACGUUACGCUAUGGGUACCGGGAGGAAGCGAUGGACACAUCGAGACAACGCUGCAAGAAGCGGUCAACGCCAUCGCGGAGCAGCUGGGCGGGUCUGGACUCGUAUGCUCUCCGGCCAAGUCAGAACUGCUGGUGAUUCCACCGACAGGAGCGGGCAGGAAAAGAAAGAAUAUGGAAGCCAAGUACGAGCGUCCCAAGAUUACGAUCAAGACAGCGGGAGGACAGGUAAUACCGGAGGUCGAGAAGAUUCGAGUGCUCGGGCUGCUCAUCCAGCGAAACCGUGUUAACGGUGAAACGGUCAACAAGUUCGUGGGCAAAGCGGCCGCGGCAAUGAGACUCAUCAAGAGGGUGUCCAACAGAAGAGCGGGGAUGAAGGAGGAGAGCCUGACUAGGCUCGUUCAAUCCUUCGCAGUUAGCCACAUAACGUACGUUGCCGCCUUCCACAACUGGAGGCCGAGCGAACGUAACAAGAUAGACGCCACCAUACGCAAGGCGUAUAAGGCGGCACUCGGCCUCCUCGGGAGCACGAGUACCGAAAAAUUCAUGGCGCUGGGAGUCCACAACACGCUGGACGAAAUAGCCGAAGCACAGAGAACGGCGCAACUCGAGCGUCUCUCUGAAACGAGAACCGGAAGACAGAUACUGCGGGACCUUGGCCUCGAGCCGAGGGAAGCCAACCAGCAGGAAGACGUACCUAUACCGGAUAGCAUCAACAGAAAGCUCAGGGUCUACCCGAUCCCGAGGAACGUGAACCCCGAGCACAACAAGGAGCGGAGGUUGGCGAGGGCCAGGGCUCUCGUGGACCUCCACGCCAGAGAAGAAGGCGCCGUCUACGUGGACGCGGCGGAGUAUCGAGGGAGCAGCGACGCAUACGCGGUGGUGGCUGUCGGGGCAUCGACGGGUGCAACGAAGACUGCGGCGAGCGUCCGGACUCGAGAGGCACACCGGGCGGAGGAGGUGGCCAUCGCCUUGGCCAUCUCCGACCCCGGAUGCACUACAGUGUUGUGUGACUCUAGAACGGCAGUGAAGAACUACGCCAAGGGUAGGGUAUGUAGUGAGGCCGCGCGCAUACUGCGCAAGGCCGAACACAUCGAACACAAAAGAGCUGUGGUGAUCAAGUGGUUUCCGGCCCACAUGGGCAGUGACGUGUCGGAACGCGGGAACGUGAACCACAACGAGACGGCCAACUCAGCCGCGCGAGGACUAACCAACCGCGCAGCUGCAAGCACGGCCGACUCGGAGUGUUGGUCGCGGUGCAGUGCCAAGGACAAGAUGACCACCUUCAACGAAAUAGUGAAGUGGUACAGACUUAACAGACAGACUAUGCCGCCACCUCAUCCGGGGCUUACCCGGAAGGAGGCAGUGCUAUACAGGCAAUUACAGACGGGGUCCCUGCUCACCCCGGUGCUAGCUAAGCACGUGUGUCCGAGCACGUGUUGCUGUGAGAUCCUUAGUAUGGCUGCGUGCAGCAUUGUAACACUUGGUGGAACAUUUGAAGUGUGCGCCAAUACAUCGGAUUACCUUGAAGGGCCCGAAACAGCCUCGCAGUCGUUUCCCACUGAGUCCUCGUCGGCGUAUCGGGGUCCAAACCCAAACACGAUCGCCGGCCUGGUACUGGACGAAGCGUCGUCGGAAGGUGUAGUGUCGGCUGUCGGUCCCCUGCUGGUUCUUCAUCCGCAGGCGGGCGAGCUGUCGGGCUUCUUCGGCGCGCUGGAGGACGGCUUGGGUGAACUCCGCUGGCCGUUCCUCUGUCGGUGA